ACAUAGUGAAACUUAUAGGAAAAGAAAAAAGUAAAAUAUCAAUGAAGAAGUGGCGGUAAACAUUCACGUGCGGCGCGGCGGUCGCUUAAGUUGCUGGUAGCGGGGGCGUCGUCAACCAAUCUGCAAAUCAAAGUACUAGCCUGGCACCCCCUGGUGGGGCGAGGGAAAAGAGAGGGGACCGCCGAUUGGUUACAGCGCGCCAAGAACUUGACUAGUGGCCGUCCGUCAUAAAGAGGGUAGCGGUCUGUCUACUCACAGUGACCAGUUGUCAGCGAAAAUGCUCGUGCUAGUUGUGUUGUGCCUCGUGCUCUCCGUGUGGUGGUUCACUAAAAGGAACCGUAAGGACCUACUAAAUUAUCCUCCGGGACCCAAACCGUGGCCUUUAAUCGGCAGUCUUCACCUUGUCGGUCAACAUAGGACUCCCUUUGAGGCAUUCACCGCACUUAGUAAAAUUUAUGGAGACAUUUACAGUAUUCACCUCGGCUCUACACCCUGUGUAGUUGUUAACAACUUCGAUCUAAUCAAGGAAGUACUGAUUUCGAAAGGUGGAGAUUUCGAUGCCCGUCCAGAUUUUAUAAGAUUCCAUAAACUUUUCGGUGGAGAUAGAAAUAAUUCUUUAGCAUUGUGUGAUUGGUCGGAUUUGCAAAAAACUCGUCGCAGUAUUGCAAGAACGUAUUGCUCGCCAAGAUUUACAUCGCUACAGUAUGAUAUGGUCGCAAAUGUCGGGACUUAUGAAAUUUCUACAUUUCUGGAACAAAUCCAAAAACUUCCCAUCAACGAACCAACGGACAUUAAACCAUUGGUAUUGGCAGCUUGUGCAAAUAUGUUCACCCAAUAUAUGUGUUCAACUAGUUUUUCAUACGAUGAUACGGAUUUUCAAAAAGUCGUUAGAUACUUUGAUGAGAUCUUCUGGGAAAUAAACCAAGGGUACGCCGUUGAUUUUUUACCUUGGCUUCUACCUUUUUAUAAAAAUCACAUGAAAAAAAUAUCUCAUUGGUCAGCUGAGAUACGUCAGUUUAUCUUGAGCAGAAUUAUCGAUAAUCAUCGGGCUUCAUUGGACUACAAUUCUCCUCCGAGAGACUUCACGGACGCUCUGCUCAUGCAUUUAGAAGAAGAUCCGAAUAUGAAUUGGCAACACAUUAUAUUCGAAUUGGAGGAUUUCAUUGGAGGACAUUCGGCUAUUGGAAACUUGGUUAUGAUGACGCUAGCAUCUUUGGUAAAAUAUCCAGAAGUAGCUAAAAAAGUUCAACAAGAAGUCGAUGAUGUGACUGCAUCCAGCAGAGAACCAAAUUUAUUAGAUAAAUCCGCAAUGCCUUACACAGAAGCUGUUAUUUGGGAAACUCUAAGAAAAGCAUCUUCUCCGAUAGUUCCACAUGUUGCUAGUACCGAUACUGAACUUUUUGAUUACAAAAUACCGAAAGGUACAAUGAUUUUUAUUAACAAUUACGAAUUGAAUGUGAGUAGUGAAUACUGGGAAGAUCCAGACUCGUUCAUUCCAGAAAGAUUCCUAUCGCCUACUGGAAAUAUCGUAAAACCUAAUCAUUUCAUCCCGUUCAGCACUGGAAAAAGGACUUGUAUUGGACAAAGAUUGGUACAAUGCUUUUCUUUUAUAAUACUUGCGACGUUAUUACAAAAAUACGACAUAAAAGCCGGCGGGGAGAUCACUUUAAAGGCUGGCUGCGUAGCAGUACCUCCAGAUUGCUUCAAAGUCAUUCUCACCCCAAGAUCUACUUGAUUUUCAGAAUAAACUCAAGGGUUUGCAAUACGGUGUCUAUUCAGCCACCCUUUCUUACUGCUCCGAAAGAUAUUAAUAUACCUUCGGCAGUAUUGCGCAUACCUACCUUAUUGUUUAUGCUUAUUUAUCUUACAUAAAAUUUCCUACUGAAUUUGAAGACGAGUAGAUAAUGGGACUCGAGUGAUGUCGUUACAGUACAAAGUAGAAUCUAAAAUCUAGAUUCAAUAUAUUUUAAUAUUUUAUAUUGAAAUUUUAAAAUUAUUAUUACUUUUAAGAAUUAUGUUUAUGUUAAUUUUAAGAAAAUAUAUAUAUAUAUAUAUAUAUAUAUAUAUAUAUAUAUAUAUAUUAUUUAAUUUUUGAUACAUGUGCGUCACGGAUAGGGUAGAGAGAAUAUAAUGUGGGUGCUUCGCUAACUAAUGCCGGGAAAACAACAAUUUAUUAAAUAUAUUGUGUAAUAUUUGUUAAAUAUUUUCUUUUUCAUUAACUAAGAGUACUUGCGAUUUUUGCGUAGAUUUAGGAAUUGGAUAUUUUCGGAAAAUGUCGUUAUUUAAAAAAAAUAACAGCUGUUUUAUUGUGUAAUAUUAAAAUUUGGUCACUCGAGCCCCAUGGAAUAAUAUGAGGUCCAAAGGCUCCAAGCCAAACAUCACCCGCAUAUCAAAUCAUUUCCAUUGUUUUAUUUUCGCACAUUGUAUAUACAUCAUAUAAAUUUAUUGUAAAAAUGUUUUUAUAAUUUAUAACUGUAGUUUUUCCAGUGUUAGGUCUAUAAUAUUA